AUGUGGGAUAAAAUUAUUAAAGUUUCAGAAAGAGCAACGACAUUGGGAUCAAUAGAAAAAAUUGAAUCAACACCGAUGAUAAUUAACGAAAAUGGUGUAAAUUUUGUAGUCAGUGUUGCGAAAUCAUUAUUAAAAAGACCUUUUAACUACCCCAAACCAAAUACAGAUAAUAAUAAUAAUAACAGUUGUAAUAUAUCAAACGAAAGUAGUAUAAUCAAUAAUAAUAACAAUAAUAAUAAUAAUAAUAAUAUAAAUAAUACACAAAAAACAGAAACUACACCAAAAAAAAAGUUUAUAGAUCCAUUUUUACCCUGCGAUAAAGAUUUAUUUGUGCAAGAACUGUACGAUAGACAUAAUUUAGUACUAAAUAAAUAUAAUGUUUCAAACUAUCACUCUAUUAUUGCAACAAAGGAAUUUGAAAAUCAAACAGAUCCACUAAAUGAAUUUGAUUUUAAAGCAAUUUGGAAAUGUAUAAGAGAAUGUAAUAUGUUAUGUUUUUUCAAUUGUGGUCCAAACAGCGGUGCAAGUCAACCACACAAACAUGUUCAACUUUUAACUACUCCAUUCGUUGCCGAAGAACCACACUUAAAAUGUCCUAUGGAAUCUUUGUUUUUAAAAUAUAAGGAUCAAUAUGAAACCAUUGUACAAAUAGAUCAGCUACCAUUUAAAACUGCAGCAAUUUAUUAUGACCCAAAAAAGAUAGAACAAUUUGAAAAAUUAGAAUUUAACAAUAAUCAACAAAACUCUUAUGAACUUUCAAACUAUUUAAAAAAUCAAUAUAACUCUUUACUAAACCAUUUAGAUCUAAAUAACGACGAUAGCAACACACCAUCCAAAACUAUCAAUAGCAUCGAUGAAAUAGUCAACAAUCAAUCCAGUAUGGAAGAACAAUGUAAAUUAAAAAGCUAUAAUUUUAUAAUGACCAAAGAUUGGAUGUUCAUAGUACCAAGGAAAAACUAUCAAUCCAACGGCAUCUCGAUCAACAGCGUUGGCUUUACCGGUGCAGUGUUAGUCAGAAAAGAUGAGGAGCUGGAAACCCUUAAAUCAAAAGGCAUUAUAAGCAUAUUAAAAGAUGUAUCUUUUCCAACCAACCAAUAA